GCUUUUUUAUGUUGUGUGGCGAAAGUUUUAGUAGAGGAAGCGGGAGAUCCAAUGGGGGAGUUGCAGAGCUAUCUUUUGAAGCAGGGACUGAGCGUGUCCUCAAUUUCAGAGAAAGGGAGAUGCCUCUUCGUUGGGAGGGACUUUUCACCUGGCUUUCAUGCCUAUCACCUUUGUGGGGCUGAGGAGAGGUGAUAUUUUCUCAGGAGCCAUAUGCCUCUGUGUUAGAUAAAGGCUCGCUGAGUAACAGAUGUGAUGGUUGUUUUACUUCUGGUUUGAACCUCAAAAGAUGCUCGUCAUGUAGGAUGACAUGGUACUGUGGGGGUGCAUGUCAGAGAUCAGAAUGGAAGUCGCAUCAACAUGAAUGCUUAGCUCUUGUGAACCUCAGUGAAGAGAGGCGGAACAUGCUGACAUCUUCUAUACGUUUGAUGGUGAGGCUCCUCUUGAGGAGAAGACUGCAGAAUGAUAGGGUCAUUUCCAGUAAUGUGACGGAUAACUACAAUUUGGUUCAAGAACUGGUGGCUCAUAUGUCUGACAUUGAUGAAAAAAAGCUUGUGCUUUAUGCGCAAAUGGCUAACCUAGUCAAGUUGAUAUUACCAAAUGAGGAGAUAGAUGUAAAAGAAAUCGUGCAAAACUUCUCGAGGUUGGUGUGCAAUGCCCAUACAAUUUGUGACAGUGAACUGAGACCCUUGGGAACAGGGAUAUAUCCUGUGAUGUCUAUCAUAAACCAUAGCUGCGCACCAAACUCGGUACUUCUAUUUGAAGGAAAGUUAGCAGUAAUUCGUGCUAUGGAAGCUAUACCUAAAGGUGCUGAGGUCCUGAUAAGUUACAUUGAAAUUGCUGGAAGCACUGAGACUCGGAGGAAGGCUCUCAAAGAGCAAUACCUCUUCAGUUGCACGUGUUUACGUUGCAUUAAAGUGGGCUCUGAUGAUGACUUGAAAGAGAGUGCCCUUUUGGAAGGUUUUAGAUGCAUAAAUGACCAGUGUGAUGGUUUUCUGCUACCAAAUCCUGGUAGUGCAGAUGGUAAGAAUUUUACUUGUCAACGUUGUGGACUUCUUAGGAAUGAGUGCAAGACAAGAAAGAGGAAAGAAGAAGUGGGAGAGAAACUAGAUUAUGCUUCUAAAUUCGUCUCCUCUGGAAAGUAUUCUGAAGCUUGCAAUUUGUAUAGGAUCAUUGAUCAACAACAAAUGGAACUAUACCAUCCACUCUCAAUUGGUUUGAUGCGAACUCGGGAGACCCUUGUAAUGAUACUGAUGGAGCUAAAGGACUGCGAAGAAGCAUUAAGAUAUUGCCAAUUAACUAUUCCUGUUUACCAAAGUAUGUGAAGCUAUGAAAUUUCCUAUGAAUAUUGUUGCUUAUGAGUUUGACAAAGACUGCAUGGUGAUUUCAUGGAAUGGAUUGGGCUUGCUCUAUUAUAUCCUAACAAACGAUUCUAUUCCGUACUUUUAGGAAAGGGGUACCUUUCUAUGUGGCACCACCCACAUAUAAAAACAUAUGUGACUUCUAUUCUUAGCCAUCCAAUUCAAAUUGACUGGUGGGAUAGCUUCACAACAUCACACCUAAUGUGGCUAGUUUUAGGGCUUUUUUUUUUUGUCUUUUUUCUUGCAAAUCAUUUUGA